CAAUGAGCGUCACCAUGGCAACGCGUCAUAGCGAUGAAACGGAAAACAAUCAAAAAUCAUCAUAACCAAUCUUCAGCUGCGACCCGCGAUUCAUUUUAACUUUACAUGUACGAGUUUUUGUCCGAUACAGUUAGUCAAAAUCGCAAAAAAGUUGUAUAUUGUUGUUUGAAAAGAAAUAUUGGCUCAUCUGACUGGAUAAACGAGUGAAAUAACUUUGUGACCUCCGAUGCAGAUGUUUGUUUGUACAAAAUAAUAUAAUAUUAAAAUGUAUUGAUGGAUGUAUUUAGAGAUGAUAUGGUAUUAAUAUUAAGGCGUUUUUAAGCGACUAUUGCAAACUUCACCUGAAGAAAAAGGUCUAUCAAACUCGGUUAGUUUAUAUCUGGUAUACGGUCAUGUCAUCUGCUGAAGUAUGGGUGGGAUCUUGGAGGCCCCACAGGCCAAGGGGACCCAUUGCUGCUAUGUAUAACAGUCCAGGGCCAACCUAUGCUCUCCCAGGAGCAACAGGAAUGAACAACCAUGAUCCACGGAUGCUGAAAGGCCCAGCGUUUAGCUUCGGCGCCCGCCAUCAUGACUUCCAGUCCAGCUGUUCCCCGGGGCCCGGAUAUCUCGUUCCCUCCAACAUCACCAGGAUGGGUCGAGACGGAACCCCUGCUUACUCGGUCUAUGGCCGGCGCAAAGACAUCCAGCCCUUUCAAACCCCUGGACCAGGCAGUUACUCUCUUGAAAAUGCAACAAAGAAAAUCUUUCACUCUCCUCCUGCUUUUUCACUGUCUGCAAGGACUAAAUUGUUUCGCAGUGACCAGACACCAGGACCGGCCGCUUACAUGCUUCCCCCAGUGUUAGGGGCAAAAGUUGUGAAUAAAUCAGCUGCCCCAAACAUUUCCCUCAGCGGCCGUAGCACUGUCGGCAGUUUCCACGAGGACCUACGAAAGACUCCAGGUCCUGGGACGUACCAAGUUGUGGAUGCCUCUAUAUACAAACACAAGGCCCCUCAGUUCAGUAUGACGGGACGUAACCUCAUGCCUGGAGACAAUACCAAAAAACCAGGACCUGGAGCCCACCAUCCAGAAAAUGUCACUUUCGCAGCAACCAAAGCUCCCAGUUUCUCCUUUGGAAUUCGUCAUUCCGAGUACAUCGCUCCUAUAAUUGUAGAUGGUACUGACUAACUGGGUAAUUUCUGUCCUAAUAAACUGUUGUUCAGCAAGCUA